AUGGACGGCCAGAAAAGCCAGGCGAAGCUCACCAGGACUACCUCGUCGCUCCUCCGCUUCUCGCCGACCGUCCGAUCAUCCAUCCAGAGCCUUUCCUCUGUGAGCGAGAUCGAGGCGGACGACCUCGAGGAGCAGAAGCCCCACGGCAGACCGGUCCUCAGCCCGGUCCGACCCGUCAGUCGCGGCUGGCACCGGGAGGACGUACCUGCUUCUGAGAAUCUUCUGCUAGCUCUGAUUUUCGUCGCGGUUUUCCUGUUUUACCUCACGAGAAACAAAAACUCGCUGAGUCGGAGUUUCGACUCGUUCAAGCAGAUUUGCGAUUUGUGCGCCAGGAAAUUAGGUUCACCGUGCUUCGACUCCAGGGCAGCGCCUUCGAAGCCGGUGUGGUGGUUCAUCGGCGACUCGGAUCUCGACGAGAUCGAGAGAGAUCGUCGAUUGAGGGAAGGAAUUGAGUUCUACAGCAUUGGCGAUUUUUACGAAGGCGAAUUUCAUAAAGGGAGGUGUAACGGCAGUGGGGUGCACAAUUACUUUGUGAAUGGCAGAUACGAAGGGGAUUGGGUCGAUGGGAAGUUCUAUACUGGGGAUUCUUAUGCUGGGGAGUGGUGUAAUGGGCAGAGCCAUGGCGUUGGCGUGCAGACUUGUGGUGAUGGAAGCGGUUUCAUUGGGGAGUUCAGGCGUGGGGUGAAGCAUGGUCUUGGCUGUUACCAUUUCAGUUUGGUUAUGGAUUGA